ACUUGACAACCAAGUUUAAGCAUAACAUUUCUCGAGUGUAGUUGUUCAUCAGCUAUUUAAAACAAUCGUUUAAAUGAUGUUUUCUUUCAUGAGUCAAUUUUUGUUUUGACUCUUCGAUGUGACGCAAAGUUGGAAUGACCACAUACUCAGACUUCAGACGGUAAGAUGAAAAAACACAGGUCCAGGUUACAUUAAAUAAUUUAGGAAAAAUGGGUAGCAUUGCUUUCAAAAUGAGUUUGUUUUGGAAAGGAGCAGGUUUGUACAGCACAGUAUGAAAACAUGCAAACAACAAGACUUUAUUUCUCAAUGACGAUAACAGAAUAAAACAACAAAACACGAAAGAAAGACAAUUAAAAAAUUGUACAACUGCUUCUGCGUAUCUUGUGCCAAUAUUCACAGCAUAUAAUUGUGUAAGUCCAUUGAUUCACAGCCUACUGAAAGAGUUAUUACGAAGAGCGUAAACGCAGUCUUCUAAUUAUAUGAUGAAUGAAGAAACUUACUGCCACGUGGGUCCCCUCCUAGCUAUGGGCGUGGCAAACUUUGCAAGUGACUUCUGAUUGGUCCGAUAUGUUCCUGCAAGCUCUAAACUGAAACAGUAAACUCAAAGUGUUGCCAGGUUUGGGUAUUUAAUUUUUAUGACUAUCCAUACUUUAAACUAAACUGUAAGACCAACUAGAAUUUUGUGGUCAUUUUCCCACGAAAAGCGUUUCAUCUAGAAUACACACUUGAUGAUUAUUUUGUGAUAGCAAGACGGCCGUCACGGAGCGGAACUGACCCUAGCUAUAUGUGUUUGUUGAUGAGUUUGCUGUAACGUUAAGAAGCCUGUAAUCAAUUUUACCUUUUUUCGGAAAACAAACUGUCUGGCGGUGCUGUGAACGCUGCCUUAUUUUUAGACAGAAUACCUCACCGUGCCUUUGGAUUAUGAAAUCAACCAGACAGCCCUGGUAGGCUACUUACAGAUCUUGGUUGUCGCGCACUAAGGUUAUAUUUUCGCCGGUGAAACGUCAGCAGUCUGGCGUAGCCGUUAGAAGAGCGAGCUGGCACGGUGCGUGAAGAAAGAAGUCCAGCAGCUUCCAGAUGGCACAGGUUCUGGAAACAGAACCCAGGAUUUAUCACUAUCUGCGAGCGACGUGUGGAGUGGCUGUCCACGUCCUGUGCCUGUCUUUCACAGUGUUCAUCGCGGCGCUGGCUAGACCCGGCAGCAGUUUGUUUUCUUGGCAUCCGUUCCUGAUGACGUUGGCGUUUUCUUUCUUCAUGACUGAGGCACUCCUCCUCUUCUCCCCGCACUCCUCUCCCAUUCAGAAGUUCUCCCACAAGAGCAAGGCCCGCUACCACUGGAUCCUGCAGUGCCUGUGUGUCGCGUGCGCCGGGCUGGGACUGGCUGCCAUCUCCUACAACAAGCACCUGAACGGCAAGCCGCAUUUCUCCACUUGGCACGGGCUGGUGGGUCUGCUCGCGGCGUGCGGCGUGGCGGCGCAGUCCGCCGGGGGCCUGCCGCUGCUGUACCACCGGCUGGUGAAAGGCUGGUCGCUGGCCCGGCUCAAACGUUACCACGCGGUGUCCGGCCUGCUGGCCUACCUGCUGGGCAGCAGCAGCCUGAUGUUGGGCAUGUGCUCUCUGUGGUUCACGGCGUCGGUGCACGGGGCCAGCUGGUACCUGGUCGCGGCAUGCCCGGUGCUCAGUGCCCUCUUCAUCAUGAGCCAGGUCACCAACGCAUACAUGGCUAAAAAAGCCCUCCGUCCCUAACUGCAGUGCCACCUAUCCCCCCCCCCACCCAAACAUCGCUGCUGUACUUACUGAUUAUUGUGAUUUUUUUUUCUUCUUUACAUUUCAGUCACAGCAUGGCUGUCCUACAAGUCAUGACUGACAGCUCAGAAAGACUGUUGCUGCAUUGUGAAUCCUGAUGUCCAUAACCAAAACAAGUAUGAGGUUUAAGAUGUACAUGCUUACAACUGAACAAUGAAGCCAUUAUCUUUUAGCAAAAAAAUAAUUGAAAAAGUUUGCAAAGAAUUAGGGUACUAUAAUAUUAGAAUGUUUAUGGGCUUAAGAAUUGCAUUAGGAGAUACCGAAGAUUAGUUGAGUGACAUGAAGAACCAAAAUGUUUUUUUUCUUGUUUUUCUUAUGAAUUGUUCAUUUAGUGGCACACUGAAUCUACAGGUGAAUCUGAACCAGUAAUAGCCAGCAUGAACAAACAUUGUUAUUAGUUUGUUAGUUAGGGGAUGGCGCAAAGUGAGAAGUGGGUCAUUUAAUUAAUUUUUAUUUUUUAUAAAAGUAAACAUGUUUUGGAAAUAUGGUGUGAUGCAUUAGUAUGAUAAUGAACAAAUGACAUAUUGUACAAAUGGGUAGAAAUGAAAUAUUUUUUUUACCAUUUUAUUAAAGACAUUCUGAAAAUA